AUGGUGCUACCGGCUCUGGUACUGGCACUGCUCGGCCUCGUGACCUUUGAUAUCGUAAUGGAGACCAACAUCCUGGCUCGUGUGCCUGCCGCUGUCCUCUCCAGCGCCGCGGUCUGCACCCCUAUAAUCGUUAACUCUAGCAACAUUGAAUAUCAUUCAAGUCAUAAGUACUACGACGACUUGAGGGAGAUGACAGUACCCGUUCCAGUUUUCCGAGCCGAACACACUAAACUGUGCGACAAGAAGAAGAGGAAGACAGCGAAAUACGAGUACUGUUUACCCAUUUCAGGCCGGAAAGACACGCCGUUCUGCGCGGCGGCGGAUCGGACAGAUCUUCUGAGUCUACGCUCGUCUAAGUCCAUCUGCUACUCUAGUGUACUGCACAUGCUGCUUGUUGAGGUCUACGAAGAGCUACAGGCCAAUGGGAACAUCCCGUUCUUAGCGUUCGGGUCGCUACUCGGAGCCGUACGCAACGGUUCCAUGAUCCCGUUUACAGAAGAUGUCGACAUUGGGUUUGUGGGCGAGAUGGCGUCGGCCGAUGCCCUGAAGCUCGCACUAAGGAGGAAAGGCUAUCACAUGUUCUUCAUGGGCAUUUGGCGCGUGUGUGUGGCGCCAACGCACCCGUUGGCAGGGUAUCUAUACGACCCGAACUUGCCGGUCACCAACACGUACGAGGUGCCGUACGUGGAUCUGUACAUGAUGAAGCAGCUGGACGACGGCGACUGGGACCUGGAGGAACUCGACGGUAGCAACGGAAGCAUUCUCCCUUACAACAAGGUGCAGCCGUUCUCACAGGUAACGAUCAAUGGGAUGCCGUUCGACACGGUUAAAGACCCUCAUUUCUUCUUGACGGAGGCGUAUGGCGACGACUACAUGACGCCGAAGCCUAGAGUGGAAUAA